AUGCCAAUGGGUCCCUCCUUUUCGCCGCACCCCGGCGGAAUGCAACAACAUCCGGGAGCUCCUCCCGGUCACCACAUGGCUCCGGGCAUGGCCCACAACCCCAGCCAACCCGGCGCAAACCCCGCCAUGACCCAUCAGAUGGUAGCACACCUAGGUGUCUCCGGCCCCGGCCCCCAGAUCAGCGCCGGCGCUCUCAUGGGAGGAAUGCCGCCCGGCACUCCCAACGCCCAUGCUGCCAUGCAGCAUUUGAACCCCCAGCAGAUGGUGGCAUACCAACAGCAGAUGAACGGAAUGGCCUUUCCCAACAACCAAGCCAUGCAGCAACAGUUGCAACAAGUUAGGCUCCAGCAGUUGCAACAGGCGCAACACCAAAGGAUGAUGGCCCAGCAGGCUCAGUAUAACAACCUGGGAGGCAUGCCAAUGGGUGUCCCCGGUAUGGGCCAGAUGAAUCCUCAUGUGGCUCAGUUAAUGCAGCAGAGGCGCGCAAUGGGAGGCCCUAUGCCAAUGACCCAUCAGAUGCAACAGCAUCUGGCAGCGCAACAGCACGCAGGGCAGGGAAUGAAUCCCAAUCUCAUAGCCCAGCAGUUGGCGAUGCAGCAACAGCAGCAGCAACAACAACUUCAACAGCAGCAGCAACAACAGAUGGCCCAACAGGGAAACAACCCCGGCCAGCACCCGAUCAACCCCCAAGGCCCAGGCGUCGCCAUGCAGGCUCAGCUGGCCGCUCUUCAUACGCAACAGACUCACGCCCAACAGUCGGCGGCAGUUCAGGCAGCUCAGGCCCAGGCCCAGGCCCAGGCCCAGGCGCAACAAGAGGGCGGGCAGCCACAGCAGCAACAGCAACAACCGCAGGCCCAACAGCCUCAACAGCCACCUCAACAACAGCCGGGUCAGCCUCAACAGCCUAAUCAGCAGCAACCACAAGUUCAGCCAGGCCCAGGGGUAAACGGACCAGCGCAGAACCAGGGACCUGCUCAGGGCCCUACACAGCAGCCGAACGCCCAGCAGCAGGUUUCUCCUCAGACGCCGCAGACAACACAAGCGCAGCAGCAUACCAACACCUAUUGCCCCAAAACGGACAAGAACGAUAAGAAACAAACUUCCACUGACAAGACCCUCAGAUAG